AUGCACGACAAACACGUCGAUUCCUAUAGAAAUGGUACCUGCCUCAAAAGAUCAUGGAGCGCACCGUCGGCACCACUCAGCCACGUGUUUAGCGGACAGCUUCUCAAAGCGAGUUCGCUAAACUCGGCCACGUGCUUUAAACUUUCAACCUUCCAUGCCGUUAAGGCGGUUAAUAACCCUCGCAUACGUGUUUCACGCCUUGGGGUGCUUUUUCCCGCGAUUGGAGGAGGCUGUAGUGUUGGGGAGGGUAGACAGCGAGCGCGGGUUUUCCCAUUAUCCAAGGCGAACUGCUCAACCACCUCGCCGAGUGCUUUGGUGGGAGCCUGUCAAGGAACUCCUUCUCCGUCGGAAAAGGAGUCGGAGCUGAGCUACGAUGCCCUUAAAGCGCAGCUGGAGGCGGCUACCAGCCAAAUUCAUCUUUUAAGCUCCGCGAAUGAGAAAACGCUGAAGUGCUACAACGCGCUAGAGGCGGAGAGCAGGCGACUUCGUGAGCUUAACGAAAACCUCAGCAUCGAAAAUGAGCUGCUCAGGCGGGAUCUGUCGCUGAAAGAAGGCGAGAUUGACGAACAACUUCACCUCACCUGCGAGCUGCAGCGGGAGUUAGAAAAAGUCAAGGAGAUUGCCAUGCGCGGGAGGGGCAAUUAA